UUUGCUGUUCAAGUUAACUUUUGUGGGGCGAGGUGACCUAAUUUGUUUGGAAACAGGCUCCGAGCAGCACCUGCCAUGUGCUGCGCAGCACAUGACUCAGGGAACAAAGCAGCCGCAGCCAUCGCAGAGCACUGUCUCCAUAAAAUUUCGGGGUCAAAAGGUUGUCGUGCCCCGCGCAACGAAGCUGCGUACAGCUCUUCUCAAAAGUGGCUUGACACCUCACAGUGAGGGGGCGGUAUAUAUCAACUGCCGCGGGAUCGGUUCCUGCGGUACUUGCGCGGUCGAGAUCAGGGGCGUUGUGGAGCCCUCCAGCUGGACGGUCGCCGAACGGUUGAGACUCAACUUCCCGCCACAUUCCGUCCCAAACAACAGCCGGUUGCGGCUGGCAUGUCAGGUGUCCUGCAUGGGCGACUUGGAGGUGGUCAAGUACGACAAAUUCUGGGGGGAAGGGAAUGACCCGCUUCCAGAUUUACAGGCCAGACCGGAAUCGGUAACGCCGCUGGGUGCAUUGGAGUUUAUUCUUGAUGGCGGCGCUGCAAGUGAUGCGAGCUCAGCCAGCAGCGGCAGCAGCAUUGAGGAUGCCAAGAGAGACAUUGAUACAACGGGCCCUCCUUAAUUGAAGCUGUCUUUGUUGCCCAUCAAGUUGAUGUGUGCUUUGGAUGCGGAGGUUGAUGAUGGGGGUUUAGAGGGCUUAGAAGGCCCUAAUUAGCAGCAGGUGGCAACUGUAUCGCGACUUGGUGCCGUUGUGGCACCUUCGGCGUAGAGCUGUUCGAUUGCUGAUUGGAAUGCGCCCGUAUUUUUUGCUGGGUACAGCUGCUACAGUUGUGCAAUUCUUGCGGAGUCAUAGUGUCUUUAGGGGCCCCGGGGGCUUCCACGAAUUUGCUGAAUCAGCAGCGCAGAUACUGUAUUUGGAGGCAGCGUAUUAGCUCGUCGACACACGGAAUCGACCCGUUACGGUCCCAAGUGCUCACGGUGAAGAGUUAGUUGUGAGAACGCUCUGACCAAUAUCUUAUACGAUUACUAAAAUUUAAUUUCAAUGCAUGUCAUUAGGGCUUCAGGAGUUCAUGGCAGUCGUAGUGUCAUCCCUGUUCGUUGGUUCAGUUUUUCCGGUUUACCCAAAGGCCCUAGCUGUGCCAGGGAUGAAACCAGGGAUCCUAUCCUGAGAAACGCUUGUCCAAAAGACUUCGCACGCAUUCUGUAACCAAUGUAAAUUGCGUU